CGGAGGUCAGGUCGUGCUCGCCAGGGACCCCUCGCCCAGCGCCGGCCAUGCCCGCCCGGAGCCCUGCGGGGGCAGCCGGGCACCUAGGAGUUCUGCUGGAGGUCAGCGGAUGAAGCUGAAGAUUAAAUAGGAAGGCUUAUUUUAGCAGGGCUAAAGAAAUCUUGCUGACCUUACAAUACCUUUGAGAAUCUAUUGAAGUUUUAGGAAAAUGGUUAUAUUACUGCAGUACAGAAGGUCCCAAACAAGCUUCAGGAUGCAGCAUGGUCCAGUGGAUAGGGUAUCAGACUGGGAAUAAAAAAACAUGGGUUCUGUUGCCUGACCUGCCGGAGAUCUGUUGUGUUCUUUGACCUAAGAAUCGUUUUGACAGAGUUUAAGCUGUUCAACAAGGGGUGUUCUAAUGGAUGACGGAGAAUUUCCUUCCAAUGAUCUACUGAUAGACUUAAAGGACAGACUUCAUGCUGGUGACAGUGUGGGAAAUGUGGGAACUCGUUUGGCUUCUUCAUCUGAUGAAAAUCAAAAUCAGCUUGAUGGUGAUAGGAGUGAGGUCCUGACCAGCAGUGACAGUGCAAUGGGAAUGCAUGAAAAGGUUGAGCAGGACAAUAUCAAUAAUAAUGAAAAUGUGGACAGUGGAGACUGUACACCAAGCUGCAAAGAAGUUGAGACUGAGAAGAAUUCUGAAAGUUUCCAUAUGGACAUACAUAGAGAGGAAAAGCUUGUUCUAGAAAAAUGGACAGAUGGAAAAAGUCCAACUUGCAAAAAAGACUCCGUUAGAAAAUCUACAGGAGUUCCUUCAAUUGACACCACAGCACUCAAGAAAGAGAAUGCUCUCCUUAAAGCUACAGACUCAGUUCAUGAUGAAGAUGCUGAUGAGACAAAUGUGAACUAUCAGCAAAAGCAACAAAAACAGACUUUGCAGUUCCUUUUUUCCAUGCUUCGAGAAGAAUUUGAGCGUAUGGACUCAAGGAUACUCCCUCUAUGUCUCCAUCAGAUAGCUGAGGCCUAUUUUCAGGAGGAGGAAUAUGAGAAGGCAAUGAAGUUCAUUCAGCUUGAACGACUAUAUCAUGAGCAGCUACUUGCAAAUCUUUCUUCCAUUCAGGAGCAGUGGGAAACAAAGUGGAAAACAGCAGUGCCCAGUACAGAUACAACUCUGAGGAAUUCAGCUAAAGGACUUAACAAUGAAGAGUUAGAAAAUCUUGCUAAACUUUGUACAUCACAUCAAGAGCCACUUGUAUCCAAACACAAGCUAGUAACCACUGAAAAGUCCUUGGGAGGCAAUCGUUUUGUACAAUUAAUGGGAGCAGAAGAUUUAAAAGAAAGAGGGGCUGCUGCUUGUGAUUCAGAUACUGAAACUUGGCCUGGCAUUGGACCAAGAAAAGAAAACCAGCACAGAGAGAGACAGAUGAGUGAGAGCUCCCUGUGUGAUAGUAAAACUGAUAGGCUUACAGAAGCAGCACGUCUUCAAGUAGCUGCAGGGAAGGACCACAUGGAGGAGCAGCACUGCAGUGCUGAAUCAACACUGGAGCCACACACCCAGUCUAUAGGGACAGUGGGCAGGCCCUGUUCUGACUGUUUAUCAUCUGGGGAUGCUGGUAAAGAUAACAGUUUUCAGCUGAGAGAGAAGCAGUUCUCUAAGGAUGUGGCAAAAAUAGAAGACGUGGCUAAGGAGCCUGGAGUGGAACUCUCUGGUGAGCCAAUGGUAGACACCUUAGUUUUAACGGAUGCUGAUUAUAUCCCUCCUGAUUUGAUUUCUAAAGAUGAAAAUGUACAAGCUGAAAGAAAUGUUCUCAGUUCAAAACACCGUGCAGGCUCUACUGAGACUGCCAGAAGCCAGCUAGGAAAUAGUGCAUUAAACCAGCAGCAGCAGAAGCCUGGUUUAGGAGAUGAGGAUGGAAAAUCCCCACAGGACAGAACUGCAUCAAACAUUUGUGAAAACAUGUGUUCUGGAAGUAACAAAGCACCUGAACAUAUCAGUCCUGCACAUCCAAAAGUAUGCAAGGGACUGCAAGAGAUGGCAAGGCAGCAGGAGGAGGAGGUAAAUAAUGACGAACUGGAAGAUUUUUUUGGCAGAUUCUUAAAUGGUAGCAUAAAAGACACUGAAGAAUCCCUUGCAAAUUUAGAAAACCAAGAGGACUCUGAAACUCUCCCAGAUAUUCCACUGGAACAAGCAUCAUACAGCUCAACAGAAGCUUUAUUAUUAGAUGACAGCUUUUCUUCGCUCGAUGAACUUGCAAAAAGGAUAGAGAUUGCAGAGGUUGCCCCAGCAGAGGGACUGGUGUCCAUCCUAAAGAAGAGAGAUGACAGUGAAGGAAAGACGCUUGCUCAAAUCCAGCAGAGAAAUCCAAAGAGAAGAGUGAGAUUCCAAGAAAUGGAAGACACCUUGGAUCAAGAUGAAGUUGGUGGCGGCUCCUGUAUUUUGCUGAUCCUGUUGUGCAUAGCAACUGUUUUCCUUAGUGUUGGAGGAACUGCCCUGUACUGCACCUUUGGUGACAUGGAAUCCCCUGUAUGUACUGACUUUGCAGCCAACAUGGACUUUUACUAUACCCAGAUAUUGCAGGGUGUGGAGGAACUUAAACACUGGGUAGCCUUCACAUAGUUGAAAUGAGCAGGGACAACACACUGACAGCUUACCAAUGAUUACCAGAGAGGUUAAAAAAAAAAUGGUGAUGUCAAGUUUUCUGUAAUAUGUGCCACCUUCAGGUGAGGUACAGCUGAUGGCAUAAACCUAACCUUUAAAUACCAGUUGAGAAGAACUGUCUACUCUAGUAAUCAGGUGGGGAGAAAUCAAGUUUGGAGCGGGAGAAUAAUAAGCAAAAUGUCAUUGCCUUCACCUUCUGAAACCAAGCGAACAGCCAUUCAACAUCUUGGGAAGUGAAGAAUAUAGAAAACUGAUUAGCCUCUACACAGUCUCCCAUUGCCACACAUUCUAAGCAAUCUUUGCAAUCUUAAUGAAAGGACAAUUUUGAUUUACAGCUGUUUGCACAAAAGGGUUGCCUCCAGCUAUCAUGCAAUAAGUCUGUGUUUUAUGAAAAUGUUUCCUUAUUUUUUUUUUUAAGUCUUAAUGUAUCUUUUCAUUUUAAAUGUCCUGGUGAGCUGUUUAAUUAUGGGUGGAGUGAGGAGAAUGCAUUGGCAUUUGCAGUGCCCUUAUACUAAGUUAGUUAAAUGGAUUGGCCUUAUGUCUUUGUGUGUGACAGUUGUCAUGAGUGGGUUAAAUCUGAAGGCAGAUUUGCCAAAUUCUCUGGAAUUUUAUUCCCAAAAUUGGGUGGACAGUGUUGGAAAUUUGUGGGAUAUUUUAAAAAGAAAAUUCACUCCCAGCACACAAUACUAAGUGUAGGAAUUUUUUCUUACUAAUAAUAGUAAAGCCGCUUGGGCCAAUGAAAGGGAAUGGGACUAGGAGUCAGGAUACUUGGGUUCUCUUUCUAGCUUUACUACUUGCUUGCAGUGACUUCUCUGCCUCAGUUUCCCCCUCUGUAAAAUGGAGAUAAUUAUCUUUGUCCUCCUCUGUAAAAUGCUUUAAAAUCUACAGAUCGAGAAUGGUAUAGAACUGUCUGGUGUUAUUAUUUAUAAGCAGGCUUUUGGAGUCUAGGGCCUGGUCUACACUAACCCCACAAUUCGAACUAAGGUAUGCAACUUCAGCUACGUGAAUAACGUAGCUGAAGUCGACGUACCUUAGUUCGAACUUACCGCGGUCCAGACGCAGCAGGCAGGCUCCCCCGUGGACUCCGCAUACUCCUCGCGCCGAGCAGGAUUACCGGAGUCAACGGCAAACACUUCUGGGUUCGAUUUAUUGUGUCCAAGACGCGAUAAAUCGAACCCAGAAGUUCGAUUGCCUGCCGCCGAACCAGCGCGUAAGUAUAGACAAGCCCUAGGUCUCACUGAAAGUCAAUGGGACUUAGGCUCCAAGCAGGGCCGGCUCCAGGGUUUUUGCCGCCCCAAGCAGCGCAAAAAAAAAAAAAAAAAGCCACGAUUGCGAUCUGCGGCGGCAAUUCGGCGGGAGGUCCUUCGCUCCGAGCGGGAGUGAGGGACCGUCCGCCCAAUUGCCGCGGAAUAGCUGGACGUGCCGGCCCUCGCCGGAGUGGCUGCCCCAUGAACCUGCUUGGCAAACUGGUGCCUGGAGCCGGCCCUGGCUCAAAAUGCCUAAGUUGCUUUUGAAAACAGGAUUUGGGCAUCUCAGACACUUGAUGCGUUAGAAAAUUUUACUCUAAAUGACAUUAUGCAAUACAGGGAUCACCCAGGAGUGGCAUUAGGGUUUUUGCUGCCCUAGGCGGCAGCGCUCCUCCUCUGAGCAUUCGGCGGCGGGGGGUCCUUCCGCUCCGCAACUUCGGGGCACUUCGGCGGCGGGUCCCGGAGUGAGUGAAGGACCCGCCACCGAAUUUCCGCCGAAGACCUGGAGCGGAAGGACCCCCCGCCACCUCCCAAAUCCUGCUGCCCUAGGCGACCGUCUAGGGUCGCCUAGUGGAAGCACCGGCCCUGGGAUCGCCACAACAGAGGUGGCUGAAAUCCUGGCUCCACUUAAGUCAAUGGCAGGAUUUCACCCUCGGUACGAACUCCCCAUAGGAUGGGGAUAUGUACGAGGCAUCGUCUGAGGACCUGUGUUAUUAUAACAUGGCGUAAGUGGAGAGCAGCCAUCUGUAGCUGCUCAUGCUAUCUUUAUUUGACAGUAACUGGAAGUGACCCAGCUGUGCAGGUGCCCCAGGUCACAUGGGUUGCAGUCACAGAUGAGGAUUCCCUCAUAGUUCCUUCAGGCAAAGCACUUUUUACUCUGGCUUUGCUCCCAGGACUGAGGUGUGAGUCACUAAAUAUGCCUUGUUGUUUUUCAAUCUGUGCAGAAACAAAUUUACUUUUAAAUUGUAAUAAUGAAUUAUUUUAAAUUAACUGCUGUUUUUAGCUGGUGCACGGUGCUUCAUAUAUGUAGGGGAGAGAGCCACUGACAAGAUAGCAAAAGGCAAAGUUGGACCGUAGGGCCUUUUGCCCUAGCCUUGGCCAGAAUAUGGCAGCUGCUUCUGCUAAUGCAGUAAUGGACUAGCCAGUGGAGGAGUCCUGAGGUGAGUGUUAGUAUGAAAUGAUUCCUCUUCCGUCUCAGGAUACAGUAUGCUUGGGGGCUCCAAUUCACUCCACCCAAUAUUUUAAAUGCUUACUAGGGUUGUAUGAUGGAGUAUGUCCAGAUUAGGCAUUUACUGUAUAAAGUAACAUGAAGUGAAAUCAUCAAGAUAUCACUCAGAAUUAGAACACGCUCAUGCUUUCUUGCAUUUGCAGGUGGAUUGUCCCUCUAGUAAGUUUGACUAUUCCUAAUGUACUCUCAUGCUUAAGUGUUUGUUUUUAAGUGAAAGUUGAAAUCGCUAUUUUCCAGAAAAAAUUGCAUGUGUGGAUUUUGUUUUUAAGUACCCCAUCUCUGAGGCUCAGUUGACUUACACCUUAGGAAGCCUCAUUUGCAGCUUUAUAUUAUAACUAGCAAUUUAAAAUGUCUAGAUUAAUGCAAAACUUUUGCUUUCUAAAUGAAAUAUGAGAACAAUAAUUUCUUUUUUUCCCCAAGAAGGGCCUUCUGUUUUAUGGUAUUGUAAUGCUGGGUUAAUCUAAAAAGAGAAAGGAAAAGUCACUUUUAUAUCCUGAAGUGUUACUGGCUGGAUCAGUACAUCACUUUAUGUCUGGGUUUAUUUAUUUAAUUCCAAUUGAUUUUAAAGAAAUUCUCAUAUUUUCCUGUUUGUUUUGUUUGUUUUUUGUUUUUUUGUAAACUGCUGAUGGAGUGUCGAUAAGCAUGCAUUCAGUUGUUACAAUGCUGCAUUUAUAAUUACUGUGCAGUUAGCGUGUUUUUGAGUUUGUGUAACUUUGCAUUCACUGUUUAAGCAUAUUAAGUUUAUAUUUAAAGCACCACUGUUAAUUUCAACUCUUAAAAAAAACAAUAACCUGGUUUAAAUGUCUGUGCACCCAGUCACCAAAAACUUCAAGAGUUAUAGCUAAAAAUAUUUAUUUAAAAGUAUAUCAGAUACAGAGAUCAAAGAUCCUUAUACUUUAGGUUCAUAUUAUUACAAAACUAUUUUAAAGCUGUUCUAUUGUAAAUUUUAAAGAGAUAAAAGACAAGGUAAUUUUAAAAAGCAGCUCACUUUGCACUUGCUGGCCCAGACCCUGCACUGUGGCCUGGAUGCUUUGUGCUGCAUUGCCAGUGCAAAGCCACUCCAGAGUUCGCAUAACUGGCCACAGGAGAAUCCCCAAGGGUAGGGCGAUCCUUCAGUGACAUAGAGCCAGUGUAAUUGCCCCUACACUUUCCCUCUCUCUGCCCUGUUGUUUGUGCAAAGGGUGUGGCUGGAAACUAUGACCAGACAGUCCCUAGCUGGUAUAAUUUAGAGCAGUUUUCCAGCUGCUCCAAUUUAUGCCAAGGUACCAGACCAGCACAGAAGCAGCCUGGGAUUGGAGGGAGUGCAAAGGUCACCUUUGCACACACUGCCGUCAUCUUGUGUUGUGUGCAUGCCACUCAGCUGUAGCCCAGCAUCUGAGCCUGGACUGAACCUUAUUCAGAUUCCUUUGUAAAAUGCAGAUGAUACUAAUUCUUGUUUUACAUGACCAUUCUAUUAGCAGAAAUAGCUCACAUGGUCUGUGGUACAUUAUCAAAUGCUUGGUUAAGAACAUAGCAAAAGUACCUAUACUUGGAGGUCAAAACAAUUUGUGGGUAAGACCAGCUGGGUGGCCUUCCUGCACAUUAUAUUCUAUUUCGAUUGUUACACACCAUCUGUCUCCGUCGGAGUGGUUAGGGCCCUGCAGUCGGGUAAAUCCAAACUAAAGGGAAACCGUCAAUUCAGGAAAUUACUCUUCUGUCUGAAAUUUUGUAGCUAGUAACAAGCAACGACUGAGAUUACUGUAACAGAAAGAAAUGGGGGGGGGGAAGUGUUUGUAUAUUUUGUGCAUAUGAUAGCCAAUUUCAGUUAGUCCUCCCUGCGUUGUUUGUAGGCAUGUUCUGCAUAGCAACGGGGGAGAGACAAAAUAGGAUUAUGCAAUGGUAAAUCCAUAACAACUGGCAGGGGGAUUCAGGGGCUAGUGUGGUAUUCAAAACUACUUGAAUCUCCUUUCUUAAAAUAUGACUAGAUUUCAACUUGACAGUGUCCCUAUAAGGAAGAAUUGUGUGAUCAUUCCUCUGAAGGCAUUGCCAGCAGCCUCCCCAUUUCACCUUUCUCAGUAAGUGUGUUUGAAGGCUUGUAAAUACCUUCGCUCUUUUGCUUUGAUGCCUGGAAGAAAGAUGUGUAAUCUCGACAGCCUACAGUGGGAAAGAGAAGGCCACUACAAAAUAGAGGAAACUUGUUAGUGAAGCUCUGUGAGCAAAGGACAAGCUUGAAAUCUCAACAAGUCAAAUUAGGUUGAAAUUUGGAUUUCUUGCAAGACUGGGGAACAUUGCACUCAAUGACUAACAGGGCUGCUAUAUUUCAUAUGAAAACAUUGUUGCCUAAUUCUGUUAACCAAGACUAUUUGAAGGCACUAGCUACCAUCUAUAACAAAUCUAAAAGGAGCCUCCUUUGGCAAAGGAAGGCAAUAACUGUAUUUGAGACCAUCAGCCAAGCUUGUAAAUUAAAUACUGUAGCAAAAAAAAAUAAAUAAAUAAAAAGUGUCCCAGAGAAAACA